AUGCUGAGAUCAACAUUAAGCAGUUGGAGAGAGUAUUUGACACCCAUUACAAACAAGUCUACCUUCUUAGUGACGGGACAAAUAACACCGUUAGAGUUUCAGCAUGCCGGUGAUUACCUCGUGAGCAUGUUCCCCAUUUGGAAGUGGAAUAAUGAUGGAAGCAACAUUAAUUUCAGAGAUUUCUUGCCGCAUGACAAGCAAUUUUUGGUUUGUAGGAAGGUUCCCUGUCAUGCAAGAGCGCAGAGUUUGAUAGACGCCAGUGAUAAGUAUGAUUUUGAUAACGAUGAGUUUGUGGAUGGGAAAGAUGGCGAAAUUAACAAGGAGGAAGAAGAAAGCAUCGAUGAUAUCGACGAGCUUAUUCAAGAUAUGGAGAUUAAAUCAGAAGAUGACGACGUAGUCAAUGGGCAUACGAUGUUAAAAACGCAUGCAAAUGAAAACCAAAGAUAUUAUGAUUUAUACAUCACAUAUUCCACCUCGUACAGGGUUCCAAAAAUGUAUAUAGUGGGAUUUGGAUGUGAAGGCACCCCAUUGACCUCUGAGGAAAUGUUUCAAGAUAUUACAAUGGAAUAUAGAGAUAAGACAGCUACCAUAGAAAAGUUACCUUUUUUCAAAGUUCCAAUUUUAUCUGUUUCUAUUCAUCCCUGCAAGCACGCAAACGUCAUGAAGACUUUGCUGGAAAAAGUACGUUUGGUUAAUCAAAAGAGAAGACGAGAAUUGGAAGGACAAGAGAAUCACAUCCGUCAUGAUGAUGACGAGUGGGAAGAUCUGCAAGAUGAUGUUAACGAUACUCUUAAAAUAGACCAGUAUUUGGUUGUCUUUUUGAAAUUUAUAAGUAGUGUCACCCCCACAAUCGAGCACGACUAUACAAUGGAAGGUUGGUAA